AUGGAGUUGAUGCAGACACUGGAGCGGAGUAUGGGUCUUCAGGCUCGCAGGCAGAUUACGGUGAAGAAGUGGAGUUUUAUGACGGUGCAGGCAAGACGUGGGGUGUUGGGAAGACUUUCAUGGACCAAUUCAACGAGGAUGAAUAUGCUGGCAGAGAGGGAGCAAAACCAAUACUUUCCUUUCGCUAGCAAACCGGACUGGGAGAUGGCAUCGUAUAUUCUUCGGUCCGAUCUUAGCAUGGCCGAAAUCGACGAGUACCUCAAUCUUGAAUUUACCAAAACACUCCCGUGUCAUUUCGCUCUUCGCGAGAACUCCGAGGACGUGUUGAAUUGCUCCCAGCUCCCCCUCAAUGGAAGUAUCAAAAAAUCACUACCGAGUUUCCAACGACAAAAACCCUUCAAAUAUUUUAUCGGGACGCAAUCGAGUGCUUGCAGUCACUUCUCCAGUCACCCACUGUUGGCUGCCAGCUUUGAUUUCAUCCCAUGCAAGGUUUACGAGUCUGCCGAACGUGCGGUUCGAGUUUAUCAUGGUUUCAUGACAGGCGAUCAUGCUUGGAACCUUCAGAAAGACCUACCUGAAGGUGCAUCCCUCCUUGGUGUAGUCCUCUCCUCGGACAAGACCAAGGUCAGCAACAUCGCUGGCAACCGUUACACGCAUCCACUUCUUGUUAGUCUCGCCAAUAUUGAUCCUGGAGUGCGUGCCAAAGGCUCCUUACAUGCAGUAUAUCCCACUUGCUUUGCUUCCUGUUGCAAAGUUCUUGCACAGGAACAAGCGCAUGCAUGGGGUUCUCGCAGACCGUGUUUACUUCACCAAUGUAUCGACCUCGUUGUUGAGCCAUUGAAGCAGGCUGCCCGUCUUGGCGUUAUGAUGAGUGAUCCACGGGAUACUCCGGAGGAACUUGUAAUUGCAUGCGCCACUAUGAACUCAUCGCCUGUCACUAUGGCUACCCGUGAAGACUUUGGAGACCCAAUCCGACACCCUCCUCGUGAUGGAUCAUCAACCCCUUGCCAACAUUGCAGCGAUUAUAACAUCUAUCUCACCUUCCGAUCUCAUCCUGAAUUGGCUUACCGCAAAUCCCUUCCUCCUUCCUCACUCCAGAACUACUUCACCAUCUCCAUAAAAUGUUCUGGGACCAUGAUCGUGUGCACUGGUUACCGUGCAUUCAAGGAGGGAAUCUCCGCUUUGAAGCAAGCCACCGGGCGAGACCAUCGCAACGUUCAACCGUAUAUCGUUGGCGUGAUUGCUGGUGCUGCCCCUGCCGACUUCAUAUCUGCUAUUCGGGCCCUCAUGGACAUUCAGUACAACCGAACCCUCUUGAAGACCUCCGUCUUAACCAAUAGUCGGAUGUACUCCGAACACCGCUUCACUAUACCCGACAUGCAGGUGACCAUGAAACCCACAACCACGACAGCCGCUGAGACGCAACUUCUCUGGAUGGCCGAAUCUGGAUUCACUCAGUCUCGGGUUGCCAUCAUGACGAAAAUGGAGGAUACUCUUCUAUCGCACGAAGAGCUCCUCAUUCUUAUGAUCUUGGUCAAAGAAGAGAAAUAUGCCUCCCCCGCAGCAAACUCGUUACUUGGAAUCAGACACGUGAAGAGGGAUCGGUGGCGGACUUACAGUGAGUUCGCACCUGAAUGGCACUCCGACAAGUUAUUUGGGCCAGUAAUAGCAAUGGGGCAUGAGUGGAUUGAUAUUGAGUCUGUCGAUUAUUUUGUGUGGGUGAAGUCUGGGGAAUCAGCGGAUUGA